CAAAAAUCUCUUAUUACCCGAUGGGUAAUUUGACAUAUCUCCUGUGAGAAUAUUGUGUUCAUUGUGUUUAGCUCAAUUAAUCAUUUUUGUAAUUAUUUAAUCUGUCAUAAAAUUUAAUAAAUUAACCGUAAUGGAUUUUAGUUCGUUUGCCAAAGGUACGAACUUGGAUUGUGCAGUAAGUGGCAAUUGUCUUAAGCCGCUAACACAAGAAUUUUUUUAUGGGAAACAUGUGGAAUACAUCGAAAACCAUGGCAAAGAUCAGAACGACUAUGAGUUUUGCAUGACUGAAUUUCUCCGCAUGUCCGGAAUAUAUUGGGGAAUAACAGCUUUAGAUAUUAUGAAUCAGUUGGAACGUCUUGAUCGCUCCUCAAUUAUAGAAUUUAUUAGGCGUUGUCAAUGUUCUAGUACUGGCGGUUUUGCUCCUUGCGAAGGCCACGAUCCUCACAUUUUGUACACAUUAUCUGCAGUUCAGAUACUAUGUAUUUAUGACGCUUUGCACGAGGUGAACUGUGAUGCUAUUGUACGCUAUGUGUCGUCGCUGCAACAGCGAGAUGGAAGUUUUUUUGGAGAUCGUUGGGGUGAAGUAGAUACACGUUUCUCAUUUUGUGCGGUAGCUACGCUUACAUUGCUGAAAAGAGAUUUAACGACUACCGUAGAUAUUGAAAAAGCUGUAAGUUUUGUAAUGACAUGUUGCAAUCACACGGAUGGAGGAUUUGGUUCGAAACCUGGUGCAGAAUCGCAUGCGGGCUUAAUUUACUGUUGUGUUGGUUUCCUCUCGUUGACUCAACGUCUGCAUUUGCUCGAUGUAGACAAAUUGGGUUGGUGGCUUUGCGAACGUCAAUUACCUUCGGGUGGCUUGAACGGUAGGCCUGAGAAACUGCCCGAUGUAUGCUAUUCUUGGUGGGUCCUGGCUUCUCUAACAAUUAUGGGCCGCUUGCAUUGGAUAAGUGCCGAAAAAUUGAGAGAAUUUAUACUUUCUUGUCAAGACAACGAAACGGGAGGUUUUGCUGAUCGCACUGGCAAUCUACCAGAUAUCUUUCACACGUUGUUUGGCAUAGGAGCAUUGUCGUUACUGGGUUUUGAAGGCUUAAAAGCUAUUAACCCUACCCUUUGUAUGCCGCAAUACGUCAUAGAACGUCUAAAUAUAAAACCGCAAAUUUUGAAGGGUUUUUAAUCUUGUCACGAUUCCUACUACUUUUUUCUCUCAAAGUUGUGUCACCUAUCCUACCUACCUAUUAAAGCACCUUCCCGUUAAAUGAAUUUUAGCGCUCUUCGAUGCAUGCGUAUAGAAAUACUUACGUGGUUUAAGAAAAAAUUAAAGCUUUAUUUUUGCAUUUAUAAAAUUUUAAUUGAAGAAAAACACAUAAAUGAAUAAUAAUAAAUAAGAAACAACAAAUCGACAUACGCUUUUUAACGAAACAUUUUGUGUACAGUAAUUGUAAGAGAAAGAAUUUCAGAAUAUUGAUCCCCACCCCAUCCCUGUAAUACGGAAGUAUACUCAUUUUGUUUUUUUCCACGAUGUAUAUAACACCUAAAACGAAGCUUCAGACAUCCUAUAAAGUCAAAAAGUAAAUUUGAUUAACGCGAAAUUCCGAGUUGAUUUAGCCGCGUCCGUCCGCCCGUGCGGUGUGUGUCUUUAACGCUUUUCUGGUUGCAAAAAUGAAGAUAUCGACUUUAAAUGUGUUAGAAACAUUGUAAGUUUCUGCAUGCUGGUGUUGAAAAUGGGCCAAAUUAGUCAGAGCAGAUGUCCGCAGUGCCGCAUAAGCUGAACGCAACUUCGUCGAUCUUAAGAAAAACUUGUGGGUUUUUGCUCGCUACUCGGAAAUUAUUAAAGUUAGAAGGCUGAAACUAUUCACAUUUACACUACAAAAUACUCUAACCUUUACGUCUAAAAAUGGAAACGGCAGGCCAUGUCCACAUAAAGUUACAAUUGUUCAAAUUUUUCACUUUUGGAGAAUUU